AUGAUAGAAACAUUGAGGAACCUACUCAACUUAGGAUUGAGAGUUAUUGAAGAACCUGCAGAAGAUGAUAGAAACAUUGAGGAACCUACUCAACUUAGGAUUGAGAGUGUCAAUAAAAACAUGAAUGUUGACGAUCCAGCAAAUUGGGGCAAUAUUGAUCAAAAAUUAAGAGAUCUUUUAGUAGAAAGAGGACCCAAAAGAGUUGUUAUUGAUUUUCCUAAAGAUAUUGAAGGCAGACAUUUUUCUUCCGCUCAUUACACUCGACAAUGGUUAAAUGGAGAGAAACAUGAUAGGAGAUGGCUAAUAUAUUCAACUUCUUUGAAUGUGGUAUUUUGCUUUUGUUGCAAAUUAUUUAGAAAAGAUGGAAACAAGAAUCAAAAGGGUUCUUUGGUUAAUGAAGGAUUUAAAAAUUGGAAGAAUCUUAGUCAUAGACUUCAAAGUCAUGAAGGGAGUAGUGAGCACAUAAGUUGCAUGAGAAGUUGGAUUGAAUUGGAAAUGAGAUUGCGUAGUAUUGAAACAAUUGAUAAAAGUGUGCAAGAAAUAUUAAACAAAGAGAGAGAACAUUGGAGACAAGUAUUAUUAAGAAUAGUUGCUGUUGUAAAAACACUUGCUAAAAAUGGUUUAGCAUUUCGCGGGGAUAAUGAGAAGAUUUAUCAAGAGAACAAUGGAAAUUUUUUAAGUUUAAUUGAAAUGAUUGCCGAAUUUGAUUCGGUAAUGAAAGAGCAUAUUCAAAUGAUUGCCGAAUUUGAUCCGGUAAUGAAAGAGCAUAUUCGACGUUAUCAAAGUGGUGAAUCUCAUAAGCAUUAUCUCAGUCAUAAAAUUCAAAAUGAACUGAUAGGAAUGUUAGCGGGAGAGAUUAAACAUACAAUGAUCAAAAUAAUUAAAGAAGCAAAAUAUUUUGCUGUUAUACUAGAUUGUACUCCAGAUAUAAGCCAUGAAGAACAAAUGACUCUUAUAUAUAGUAGUGUGUGGCAUGUUUCAGAAUUGUCGUAA